CCGGUGCAUCAGAGUCAAUUGCAGUCUUCAUUUAGUUCAAUCCACCUUCCAAGCUUCUAGCAAGUGAUAGUAAUCUUACAUUAAAAGUACAAAAAUGAAUUCGUUCGCUGUGUUUGUCCUGAUUGCCUGCGUUAUCGCUACCGUUAGCUGUGCCCCACAGCUUGGAAUGGGUGCCUCCGGAGCAGGAGCACAGGCUGCCUCCCAAGGAAUGGGAAUGGGAGGAGGAUUUUACCCCCAUGGCAUGGGAAUGUCGGGAUCGGCUGCCCAUGCCAACGCACAUUCGCAGUCAAUGGGCCACGGAGGACCCCAUGGAGGCAUGGGAAUGAGUGCUUCAGCUGCUAACGCUGGUGCGCAGAGCUUCGGCCAGGGAUCCCCUUUCGGUGGAUUCGGUGGAUCGAUGGCCAACGCUGGUGCCCAAAGCAUGGGACAAGGUAUCGGUGGAUAGGCUUGCGGUGUGGAGUAACAACGGUUAUUAGCUUAAUUCGACUGGUAUUUUAAGGUGUGUGUUUCUGUGUUAACACUGCUGAUGGCAUCAGUGGGGAAACAACUCGUGCCUGUUAAUGUAACACGUGGAUAAUAUACGAUAUUUAUUAUUUAUACAACUAAAU